CAGUUAGCAUCAAAUAAACAAAAACAAAUGUUUAUGGGCUUUAAAAUGUGACGAAUGUAAUCAGAUUUAAAAUAAAUGCAACCCAUCUCGGUGUGAUUCUAGGAUUGGACAAGUUUUAAAAUGGCCGAUUCAUUCGCCGAAAAAGCUGUCUGGGAUGACCUAUCCAAUAUUCCAGCCGAUCCGCCUAGAAUGCGAGACAUCUGCCGGAAGUGCGAACGACCAGUGCCAGUAUGUUGGUGUUCCGCCUUACCACCCCAACCGCUGGUCCCCAAAAGCAGAAUCAUAUUACUUCAGCAUCCGGCUGAAGAGAAACGAGCGCUUCGAACGGCUCCCAUGCUAUCGGUUGGACUUGCGCCAGGGAAAUGUCUCAUUUAUAAAGGCAAGAAAUUCCCGAAGUUCGACUCCGAAUUAGAGGCAAUCCUGGCAGACGAGAAAUCCCUACUACUCUAUCCCAGCAUCAAUUCUAUUCCAAUUGAGCAGUUGGAUCUUUCCCAGGGCCCGUUUAACCUGGUGCUCAUCGAUGGUACAUGGCCCCAGGCCAAAGCUAUCUACACGAGCUCUUCCAUCCUGCACGGUAUGCGCCAGGCCAAGCUUGUCCGAUCUGGCAACAGCAACUACAUCAUCCGAACGCAACCAACGGACGGCUGUUUGAGUACACUCGAGACAGCUGUCGAGGCGUUAAGCAUUUUGGAACAGGAUGAUUCCUACAAAGAACAACUUCUGCGUCCACUGCAUGCGCUUUGUCAGUUCCAGCUGAAUAAUGGGGCCGUCACCCAUCAGUCAAAGGAGUUUUUAAUUAAACAUAACCAAUACCCGAAAUUGAUUGGGAAAAGGCUGAACAGGUUACUCAGGAAUGCGGAGAAUCUCCAGGAUCACGAAGGGGAAGCAGAAAUAAAACAUUGAUUUUGUGUUUUUACCAGUUUUAUUGAUAAUUACCUCUUUAUAUAUGAGUAAUUCAUAUAACAUAAAAUAGUGAGAUAAAUCUGUUGCUUAUAUGGUAUUUACAUUCACUCUACGCACUCUUUGCUGUAAAUAAACCUAGAAUUAAAGAAUAAACUUUUUCUCGCAGGAACACUCCGAACCAAUAA